ACUGGUCUCAAGUGGAGCUUCAUGAACAAGCCACCCGACGGCAGGCCCAAGUACCUGGUGGUGAACGCGGACGAGGGGGAGCCAGGCACUUGCAAGGACCGUGAGAUCAUGCGGCACGACCCGCACAAGCUGCUGGAGGGGUGUCUGGUGGCCGGUCGAGCCAUGGGCGCUCGGGCUGCCUAUAUCUACAUCCGCGGGGAGUUCUACAAUGAAGCCUCCAACCUGCCGGGGAGCGGGGGGGCGGGCCCCUGCGGCUCGGGCUACGCAUCCGACGUCUUCGUGGUGCGGGGCGCCAUCUGCGGCAUCUGCGGGGAGGAGACGGCCCUCAUUGAAUCCAUCGAGGGCAAGCAGGGCAAGCCGCGCCUGAAGCCGCCCUUCCCUGCGGAUGUGGGUGUGUUUGGGUGUCCCACCACGGUGGCCAACGUGGAGACGGUGGCAGUGUCCCCCACCAUCUGCCGGCGCGGAGGGGCCUGGUUCGCCAGCUUCGGGCGCGAACGCAAUUCCGGCACGAAGCUCUUCAACAUCUCCGGCCACGUCAACAACCCGUGCACAGUGGAGGAGGAGAUGUCCGUGCCCCUGAAGGAGCUCAUCGAGAAGCACGCAGGGGGUGUCCGCGGGGGUUGGGACAACCUGCUGGCUGUGAUCCCGGGAGGCUCCUCCACGCCGCUUCUCCCCAAGUCGGUGUGUGAGACUGUGCUGAUGGACUUCGAUUCCUUGGUGCAGGCGCAGAGCGGGCUUGGCACAGCGGCCGUCAUUGUCAUGGACAAGUCGACUGAUAUCAUUAAAGCUAUCGCCCGCCUCAUUGAGUUUUACAAGCACGAGAGCUGCGGGCAGUGCACCCCGUGCCGAGAAGGCGUUGACUGGAUGAACAAAGUCAUGGCCCGGUUCGUGCAGGGCAAUGCACAGGUAGCGGAGAUUGACGCGCUGUGGGAGAUCAGCAAGCAGAUCGAGGGCCACACCAUCUGCGCGCUGGGCGACGGCGCUGCCUGGCCCGUGCAGGGCCUCAUCCGUCACUUCCGCCCGGAGCUGGAGGAGAGGAUGCGACGCUACGAGGAGUCCAAAGCGCGAGCGGCGUCAGCUUAAG